UCCACCGUUCUGGUCGCUCGCCGGUAGCUGCUCCCCGCUAACUACUCUUCCUCGCCCCGCCGCCAUCGGUCCUCGCGACGCCCCUCUCCACUGCCUGUCCUGCUGCUCCACGCCGCGGACAGAUCACCUCGCUCCCUCAGCUUGCAGCCGCGCCGGCACGAAGGACGGAAGGACGGGACAUCCGUGGGGAACUCAAAAAAGAUCCCGAUACCUGGUCGCCACAAUGGAUCACGGCGGCGGCGGCGGUAGCGGCAUCUGGAUCCGUGCGGCAGUGGCGGUGGCGGCGGGAGCCGCCAUCGCGGCGCGCGCUGUCCGGCGCAAGUCUGUCGACUCCAGCGCCGUGUUCGUCGGAGUCCCCGCCAUGGUGGCUCAUACCGUCGCCGGGUACAGGUUCGCGGGGCUGCUACUGGUGUUCUUCUUCACGUCGUCGCGGGUGACGAGGGUCGGCGAGGCGAGGAAGCGUGCUCUCGAUCCCGAGUUCAAGGAGGGCGGGCAGCGUAACUGGAAGCAAGUUUUGUCAAAUAGCGGUAUUGCAAGUAUCUUGGUUGUUUUGAUAGCAUCAGUUACCGGAGGGACAGAUAGGUGUUUGGAUUCAAAAGAGUCGACUCUUGUUACUGCUCUUAUUGGUGGUGUUAUCGGACAUUAUGCUUGCUGCAAUGGAGAUACUUGGUCAUCUGAGCUCGGCAUUCUCAGUAAAGCUGAGCCACGAAUUAUCACAACAUUCAAGAGAGUGCGGAAGGGUACCAAUGGUGGUGUAACCAUAGAUGGGCUUCUGGCAGCAGCAGCAGCUGGAUUCUCGAUUGGGCUUGCAUUUGUGCUGAUAGGAUUCUUCACCACUCAGUGUGCUCCUGAUGUAUUCUGGAACCAGCUGCUGGCUAUACCCUUGGCUACAGCUGCUGGCCUAUGUGGAAGUUUGAUCGAUUCGUUCUUGGGCGCAACAGUUCAGUAUAGUGGGUUCUGCAGUGUUCGCAAAAAGGUGGUGGGUGUAGAUGGUCCAACGGUAACAAGGAUUUCAGGGAUGAACAUACUGGAUAACAACGGGGUCAAUGUAGUCUCUGUGUUCUUGACAACUGCUCUUACUGCGGUGGCUUGCACAUACAUUUUCUGAGGUUAGCUAUGGCGAGUAUUGGUGCGCCAUGGUAGGUCCACAUUAGAUGACACAGAGAAACCUGAUUGAUGAAUUAGAACAGCAGAUUGUGUAGCAGUGGCAUUAAUCAUUUUCGAACACCUAGCAGAAGAUGAACAAUUGUUCUCCUUUAACAAAAAAUGUUUUCAACAGU